UCGCCCCCAGACAUGCCCUCCAGCCAACCCAUCGACAUCCCCGACGCCAAGAAGCGCCCCAAGAAGAAGAAGCGCUGCAGAGCCACCGACAGCUUCUCGGGGCGCUUUGAAGAUGUGUACCAGCUGCAGGAGGAGGUGCUGGGGGAAGGGGCCCACGCCCGAGUGCAGUCCUGUGUCAACCUCAUCACCAACAAGGAGUACGCCGUCAAGAUCAUCGAGAAGCGCCGUGGGCACAUCCGCAGCCGCGUGUUCCGGGAGGUGGAGAUGCUCUACCAGUGCCAGGGCCAUAGGUACGGGGGGGCACCCCGUGGACCCCCCCCCCACCCCAGGAACAUCCCACAUGGCCCCACGUCCCCCGAUAGGUUUGGGGUGUGGGGUCUUUGGUUGUUUGGGUUUGAUCUGUCCUGUGGGCCUGUCUCAUUUGGGGGUCAGUGCUGCUGCUGGGGG